GGCGGGUGGCGUUAUCCGAAGUAGUGCGUUAUCGUUCGUUGCGUCUGCGCAGACUGCAGAUCACGAUGAUAGCAAGAUGAGUCAGUCAGCUGAUAGACCAGUAGCUUCCGUACCAGCUGGCUUGCAAGCUCUCUGCGAAGCGUACUCCAGACUGUACCCUGACCAGCCCAAUCCACUGCAGGUCACCACUAGGCUGAAGUAUUGGCUGGGAGGCCACGAUCCUCUGGACUACAUCAGCAUGUACUGGAACCCUGGCAAGCCUGAGGAGCACAUACCACCACACUGGCACUACGUCAGUUUUGGUCUCUCCGAUCUCCACGGCGACGGGCGCGUCCAUCCCCCGCCCGAUCGAGUAGUCCUCUCGGCUGGUACUCCGCAGCCCUCCGGCUACGGCUUCGAACUCACUUUCAGACUCAGUGAGGAGGCUGGAGGGAAUCCACCCUUGUGGCCAGCCGCGCUUCUGCAGGCGUUGGCUAGAUACGUAUUUACUACAGGUAACAAAUUCUGCGCAGGCGAUCACAUAUCGUGGCAUGCGCCAUUAGACGGCGAUACGUCGUCAAAACCGACUCGCGUCAGACACUUACUGGUCGCAGAAGAUCCACAACUCAGCAUGGUGCACACUGCACACGGCACUGUUAGUUACUUACAGAUGGUGGGUUGUACGGGUAGGGAGCUCCGUGCCGCGCAACGGGGCUCUGGUUUCGACGUCCUCAAACUCAUCGGGGAAGAUCCUAACUGCGGCGGCGCGUGGCUGGUGACGGUCGCGCGGCGGCGGCGCUCGGCGCGCGUGCGCCUGCGCAGGGGCCCGGCGCCGGCGCAGCUGGCCGGCGUCAGCGCGCGCCUGCGCUGGGACCAGUGGCAGCCGCCGAGCGCUGAGGAAUUACCAUCAUCUCCAGCCGAACUGUCCCCUCGGGUGGAACAGCAGAUCAAGGAAACUCUGCAGCGUGGACUCAGCAUCAUGAGCACGGACAGGACUGGACCAGAAGGUCACACAGGAAUGUCUACGGACAGCUUCGAAAUGUCCAGCAUCGAACGUGCGUUGCCACAAAUACCGGAACUUAUGCAGGUAGAAAUCAGUAAUAAUAAUAAUAACGCACACACUCAAC